AUGGCCGCCUUUGCCCGCCUGCUGGAGCGUCUCGGGUGGGCCCCUAGAGCUCAGGAGGCUGAGGAGCAGGAGGUGGAGACGGAGCGCAGGGUCCCCGGCGCUCCCGGGAGCCUCCUGGCUGCGCCCCGAUGCUCGCAGAGGCCACACGGGGGUGCAGCGGCCGCACCGGGACUGCGCUUCGGGGCGAGCGCGCUGCAGGGCUGGCGCCCGCGCAUGGAGGACGCCCACUGCGCUUGGCUGGCCUUGCCCGGGCUGCCGUCGGGCUGGGCUUUUUUCGCCGUCCUGGAUGGCCACGGCGGAGCCCGCGCCGCGCGCUUCGGGGCGCGCUACCUCCCAGGUCACGUGCUUGGGGAGCUGGGUCCUGCGCCCCGGGAGCCGGACGGAGUGCGCCAGGCCCUGCGCAGUGCCUUCCUCCGCGCAGACGCGCAGCUGCGCACACUCUGGCCCCGCGGCGACCCGGGCGGCUCGACGGCGGUGGCGCUGCUGGUGUCCCCGUGUUUCCUCUACCUGGCGCACUGCGGGGACUCGCGCGCGCUGCUGAGCCGCUCUGGCUCCGUGGCCUUCUGCACCGAGGACCACCGUCCCCACCGGCCUCGGGAACGCGAGCGCAUCCACGACGCCGGUGGCACCGUCCGUCGCCGGCGCGUUGAGGGCUCCCUGGCCGUGUCGCGAGCCCUAGGCGACUUUGCCUACAAGCAGGCACCGGGGAGGCCUCCCGAGCUGCAGCUCGUGUCGGCUGAGCCCGAGGUAGCUGCGCUGGUACGCCAGGCCGAGGACGAGUUCGUGCUCCUGGCCUCUGAUGGAGUGUGGGACGCGCUGUCUGGUGCGGAGCUGGCGGGGCUGGUGGCGUCGCGUCUGCGUCUGGGCCUGGCCCCGGAGCAGCUCUGUGCGCAGCUGCUGGACACCUGUCUAUGCAAGGGAAGUCUGGAUAACAUGACCUGCAUGGUAGUCUGCUUUCCGGGGGCCCCCAGGCCUUGUGAGGAGGCCAUCAGCAGGGAGACGGCUUUGGAUGCAGCCCUGAGCCACAGAGUGGCUGAGCUGUAUGUCUCUGCUCAGGAAGCGCCAUGCCUGAACACGGUUUUCAGGACCCUGGCCUCAGAGGACAUCCCAGGCUUGCCUCCUGGAGGAGGGCUCCACAGCAAGGCUGCUGUCAUUGCCGAAGCGUACUCUAAACUGCGUCAGAUCCCAGGGGAAUGUCAAGAGAAGAGAUGAGGUGGAAGCCGCUGGCACCCAUUCAACCUUGACUUGAACUCAGAGGCCUGACAGCGGCCGUCCUCCGGGGACCAUCACAGAUCCGGGGACAUCAGUGCUUUCCUACCACGAGACACAAAGGAGGGAAGGCCAGCCAUGGAGGAACCUGGGAUCUCCAUUUCCCUUCUCCUACUUCCCCCUCACAAGAGUCUCAUGAGGGGGGAAUUCCACCCUCUCCCAACAGCAACCACAAAAACCCCCAUCAAACCUGCUGCUUUUUCUUCCCCUCAAUAUUUAAAGCCAAAUAGAGCAAGUGGUCAGCAUGUAACAGCCUUUUAUAUAUAUUUUUUAACCUUUGCUACAAGGAGGUGGUGAGAGAUGUGAUUAUGGAAUUUUAUUUAAUAAAGUAAU